GAUGGUGAACUGUACGCUGGGACCUCGGUCGACUUCAUGGGAGCAAACGCUGCGAUCUUCCGCACGACGGUCCGGGGCAGCAGUCAACACUACAUCCGCACCGAAGCCUACGACCAGAACUGGCUGAACGAGCCGGAGUUCAUUGGCUCCUUCUCCAUCCCGGACACCCACAGUCCCGACGACGACAAGGUCUACUUCUUCUUCAAGGAGAAGGCGGUGGAGGCCGGACAGUGGGACAAGCGGGUUUACAGUCGUGUGGCUCGAGUCUGCAAGAACGAUGUCGGAGGGAAGCGGAGUCUGAUCAACCGCUGGACGACCUUCCUGAAAGCCAGACUCGUCUGUUCUGUUCCCAGACCGUCCGGCGUCGACACGCACUUCGAUGAGCUGGAGGACAUUUUUGUUCUGGAAACCAAAGACCCUCAAAAUCCCACCAUCUAUGGCGUCUUCAGCACGUCCAGGUGAGAACACGUCGAGCAGCAGCUCCAGGAAACACAGACACGUUUGAUGAAAACUCACUCAGCGUGUCAGCUGGUGCACAACCGAUGGUCACGAACCCAAGAAAUAUACAUGCUGACCAUCAUGCAUUGUGUUUAGCGGAUUGAGAGACAAAUGGUCGACAGACGAGA